CCUCCCCGCGAUAGCUGUCGCGCUGUGAGAGGCUGAUAGUUCUUCCUGUAGUCCCAACUGUUCUCGCCCCUUCCACAUUCUGAGUCAGUUGCGUUUAGUGCCUGGCUGAUGGUGCUCGGGUGGUAUGUUACUCUGUUAAGUAGCUGCGAAUAAAUACCAGGGGAGUUAUCCACAAAGGAGGGGGGAGUCUGAGCGAGAAAGAGAGCUAGCGAGGCGGGGGGUGGGGGGCUCUCUUUCCGACCCAGAUUCACAGCGGUCAACACAGAAUAUGGCGGAGCAGCACUCAGUCACCGACAGCAAGCAGAAGGCUUCCACGAAUGCUGGGGACUUAAUGCUGAGCAACAGCCGGCCUAAGCCCGCCGCAGCUGCAGCUGGAGGCCUCUCCGGUGGUCUUGCCCAGCCUGCAGGUUGGCAGUCCUUGCUCUCAUUCACCAUUCUGUUUCUGGCCUGGCUUGCAGGCUUCAGUUCCAGACUUUUUGCCGUGAUCCGUUUCGAGAGCAUCAUCCACGAGUUUGACCCCUGGUUUAACUACAGAUCAACACAUCACCUCACAACAAAUGGGUUCUAUGAAUUUUUAAAUUGGUUCGAUGAGCGAGCAUGGUAUCCUCUGGGAAGGAUCGUAGGGGGCACAGUGUAUCCAGGUUUGAUGGUCACAGCAGGCCUUAUCCAUUAUGUGUUAAACCUCCUCCACCUCACAGUCCACAUUCGGGAUGUGUGUGUAUUCCUGGCACCCGUCUUCAGCGGCCUCACAUCCAUCUCGACCUUCCUGCUCACUAGAGAACUGUGGAACCAGGGAGCUGGCCUCUUGGCUGCCUGCUUCAUAGCUAUUGUCCCGGGCUACAUCUCCCGUUCAGUCGCUGGAUCUUUUGAUAAUGAAGGCAUUGCAAUUUUUGCACUUCAGUUUACAUAUUACCUUUGGGUGAAGUCUGUAAAAACUGGCUCCAUGUUCUGGGCGAUAGGCUGUUGUCUCUCUUAUUUUUACAUGGUGUCUGCUUGGGGUGGUUAUGUGUUCAUCAUCAACCUGAUCCCUCUGCAUGUCUUUGUGCUGUUGCUUAUGCAAAGGUUCAGCCGCAGAGUCUAUAUAGCCUACAGCACAUUCUACAUUGUAGGGUUGGUGCUGUCUAUGCAGAUCCCGUUUGUUGGGUUCCAGCCUAUAAGAACAAGUGAACACAUGGCAGCUGCAGGUGUAUUUGCGCUACUUCAAGCAUAUGCCUUCCUGCAGUAUCUUAAAGACCGGCUAACUAAACAGGAAUUUCAGACGUUGUUUUUCCUUGGAGUUUCGCUGGCUGCUGGAGUGGUGUUCCUGAGUGUCAUCUACCUGACCUAUACAGGGUACAUUGCACCGUGGAGCGGCAGGUUCUAUUCGCUGUGGGACACUGGGUAUGCCAAAAUUCAUAUCCCGAUCAUCGCUUCAGUGUCUGAACAUCAGCCCACCACUUGGGUUUCCUUCUUUUUUGAUCUGCAUAUCUUGGUCUGCACAUUCCCUGCAGGCCUUUGGUUCUGUAUCAAGAACAUCAAUGAUGAAAGAGUCUUUGUGGCCCUCUAUGCAAUCAGCGCAGUGUAUUUUGCUGGAGUGAUGGUGCGGCUGAUGCUCACAUUGACCCCAGUGGUGUGUAUGCUAUCUGCCAUCGCUUUCUCCAAUGUCUUUGAACAAUAUCUGGGGGACGACCUAAAGAGGGAGAACCCACCCAUAGAGGACAGCAGUGAUGAAGAUGACAAAAGAAAUUCUGGAAACCUGUACGAUAAGGCUGGUAAGGUGAGGAAGCAUGUGUCUGAGCAGGAGAAGAUGGAGGAAGGACUAGGCCCCAACAUCAAGAGCAUAGUCACCAUGCUGAUGCUAAUGUUGCUGAUGAUGUUUGCUGUCCACUGCACUUGGGUCACUAGCAACGCUUAUUCCAGCCCUAGUGUCGUCCUGGCAUCUUACAAUCACGAUGGCACGCGGAACAUCUUGGAUGAUUUCAGGGAAGCAUACUAUUGGCUUCGGCAGAACACAGAUGAGCAUGCACGAGUGAUGUCAUGGUGGGACUAUGGGUAUCAGAUAGCAGGGAUGGCCAACAGGACGACUCUGGUGGAUAACAACACUUGGAAUAACAGUCACAUAGCGCUGGUUGGAAAGGCCAUGUCUUCCAAUGAGAGUGCGGCUUAUCAGAUCAUGCGGAGCCUGGAUGUGGAUUACGUGCUGAUCAUCUUCGGGGGAGUUAUCGGAUACUCUGGGGACGACAUCAAUAAGUUUCUGUGGAUGGUCAGGAUAGCAGAAGGAGAGCACCCCAAAGACAUCAGGGAAAGUGACUAUUUUACACCACAGGGUGAGUUUCGUGUGGAUAAGGCUGGCUCCCCUACCCUGCUGAACUGCUUAAUGUACAAGAUGUCCUACUACAGAUUUGGAGAGAUGCAGCUUGAUUUCCGGACACCCCCUGGAUUUGAUCGCACGAGGAACGCUGAGAUUGGAAACAAGGACAUCAAAUUCAAACACCUGGAGGAGGCCUUCACCUCCGAGCACUGGCUAGUCAGAAUUUAUAAAGUGAAGAAGCUGGACAACCGGGAGAUUCUGGAUCACAAACCUCGAAUCACCAACACCAUUCCCAAACAGAAGUAUUUAUCAAAAAAGAUUGCCAAAAGGAAGCGUGGAUACGUCAAGAAUAAACUAGUUCUGAAGAAAGGCAAGAGAUCCAACAAAAAAGCGGUUUAAAAAUAAAUAAGUAGCAGUCAUCUGGAAUCCCUGACAGUCUUUGACUUGAGCUGAAGUCCUUUUCUAAAAAACAGUGGGGUACAGAAAUACCAUCUCUUCACAGUUUAUAUGGAGAUUCAGAUUGGAGCUGAUAAGAGAAAUGCAUUGGUUUAAUGAGGACUUCUCUGUGUGUCUUUCUUUUUCUUUUUUUUUUUUUAAAAACUUGAAUGUGCUGGCAAGGCAAAAGCUGUGGCCAACCACAAUUAUUUUGUGGUAAAUAUUAUAUAAUCCUAUAAAUCUACAAAAAAAAAAACUGUUGGACAGAUUGCACCAAAGAACCCUCUCUUAUUUCGUCCUCGGCACAUGUAAACUUGUUACCUUUUUAAAUAAAAACAUCAAAUAAAAUCAAAAAGGAUUCACUUAAAGACGUGUUCCAGUUCCAGAUGUGUGUACAGACAAAGCACUCUACGGAAUGGAGGAACGUCAUACGAGCGGCAGAAGGGUAUUGUGUCGUUUUUAGGUUUAUUUUGUCAGUCUUUUCUAAAAUAAGUUUACCGAAUGUAAAUAUGUUUUGUUAUAUCUAAAUAGGGUUAUAUAAUAUAUAUUGGAUUUUUUUUUUUAAUAUGCAUAAUAUUUGUCACAUUUUUCAAUAGCAGUGUUGUGUUUUUUUUUUUUUGGGGGGGGGGGGGGGGGGUUACUACUCCCCUAUCCCCUGCCAGAAUAAAACAAAAAAUCUAAUUGAUGUAAUAAUGACCUCUACAUAACCUGCUGCUGUAAAAUUACUAAAAUUGACCAAACAUAGUUAGGUGUGCUUUUGAAAGCUGCAUUCUUUUUUUUUUUUUUUUGCAUAAAAGGAAAUAUCUAUUAAACAAACAAAAAAAAAACAGGGUCUGACUAAUACGUACAGUGUAUCUAUCUUCCGUCAACAACUUUACUAGCAAGCCUAACUAUCCCCAUGAAUAUUGCACGUCUUGUAUAUUAUAAUAGGAAAAGAGCUGUCCGUUUUUGAAAAGGUGACAAGUCUACAAAUCUCAUACUGCGUAGGAGAGUAGAGGGUUUCUAAUGUAAUUGUUCUCCAGUUCAAUACUGUUUACCUCUUAGGGGUUUCUUUUGAGUUUAUUAUUAUUUUUUUACUUUUGAAUGUUAAGCCUUUUUCUUCCUUUUUAGUGUGCUAAUUUGCUACAAUGUUGUUGUUGUUGUUGUUGUUGUUUUAUUUUAUUUUUUUUAAGAAAAAUAACAAUUUAAUUAAUUUCCUAGUAUGGCAGACUGAUCAGCAAUAGCUAAAUGUGGAGCUACAAACUCUCCAGCAGACCACUCGUCUCAGUCAACAACUUGAAAAGACCUUGAAGCAAGUGUUUAAACAGACAGCAAGACGAGCAAUUUCAGAUUUUUAGUGGGGGAAAUAUUAAUGAUAUCCUGUAAUUUAAGAUGUAAAAUUGUAAUUUCCUAUGUUAAAUGUUUAUUCCAUAAAAAAAAAAAAAAUGAAAAGUCAGUGGCGGUGUAAAAAGGUGAACAAACAUUUUGAAAUAUAAAAAAGGAAGUUAAAUGGAUAUGUUACAGCCUUAUCAAUAUGUUUGUUUGGUUUCUGAAGAUGAAGAAUAUUCUUUUGAAAAGUUUUUUUUUUUUUUUUUUAAGCUUUAGUUUUCUGCCCUUAUUUUGGUUAAUUUAUGCUACAGACAUUAAGUUGACCAGUAUUGGGAGCUUUUUCUUCACCCAGGAUUACGUUUUUACAUUGUUGCUUAAAGACUUCAGACCUGUUCAAAUGUAGACAAAAAUAAAGUUCAAGUUUGUGUAAA